AUAUUUUCUGGGGUUAGCUUUCUGCAUGGAAGAAGGGUUCUCUUACCAGUGCAAAGAAUUGAUAGGUUGGAUUGUGUUGCUGAGGGAAGGGUUGACAUUCUCAAGGGAACACCUAGCCAUAUAGGAUCUAAAGAAGGCAAGUCCUUUUUAAUUUUUAAUCAUUUUGGCCUCCUAACACAACUCGCUUACAGUCACACCUUGUCUGCUUCUUCCUCUUUUGGUCUCCAAACACACUAACAAUACACAAAUAAAUAAACGAAAGAAAGAAAGAAAGAAAAGAGCUGGGAAUGGAACUUUCUAGUCAAGACGGGGAAAUACCAAUCCCAUUGAACAGUACAUAUGGAGGGGGGCACAUGAUCCAUCAUGAUCAUCAUGCUGCACCCACACAACCAUAUCAUACAUCCUCAGCACCCCAAAUCACUUGCACUGGUCCUUCCAUAGCCACAAACCUUGAUGAUGAUCAUCGUGGCUUCAAGAAAGUGGUGAGAUACAGAGAGUUCAAGAACCAUGCAGCAGCCAUGGGCGGUAAUGCCACUGAUGGCUGUGGUGAGUUCAUGCGCGGUGAGGAGGGUAGCAUUGAAGCGCUGACUUGCUCAGUCAACUGCCACAGAAACUUCCACAGAAAAGAGAUUGAAGGUGAGCCAUCUCCCUCUUCCUGUGACUGUUACCCAUCGCAUAGUCCUCAUCUGAGCAGGGCUGGGAGGAAACUCUUUCUGGGCACCCACAGUAUCCUACCUCCUGAGCCUCUAGGCCUAGGGUACCCUACAGCUACUGGGACUCUUAUACACUCAAAAGCAGCUCCAAAUCCCACACCCCACCAGAUGAUAAUGUCCUACAAUAUGGGCUCCCUCCCCUCGGAGUCUGAUGAUCAGGCAGAUGGUGGCGGGGUAGUGACUAGGCCACACCAGCUGGUGAAGAAGAGGUUUCGGACAAAGUUUACCCAGGAACAGAAGGAGAAGAUGCUUAACUUUGCAGACAAAGUUGGGUGGAAAAUUCAAAAGCAAGAAGAAGCUGUGGUGCAACAGUUCUGCCAAAGUGGGGUCAAGAGAAGAGUCCUCAAGGUCUGGAUGCACAACAACAAGCUCAAUCUAGCAAGAAAAACCCUUCUUCCCACCACCACUCCUACAACAACUCUGCUACAUGACAAGCCCAAGUUAAUCAGUGUCUCAUCUCCUCUCCUCUCCCUCUCUCUUCCUCUCUUACUUUGUGUUUUUCAGUUCCCCUAGCCAGUUAAUUAGUAGCUUAAAACCAUUCAUCCCUUUCUACACCACCUUUAUUGUCUUCUUUCUGUUUGUUUUUUUUUUUUUGCCUUUUUCUCAAUGAUAAUAUCUAUCGUUCUCCUUGGGCUUGUUUCUUGGUUAUGGUUACUCAGUAGAGUUUCAUCAGUUAUUAGUUUAUCUGAGUGAUAUGCAUUUUGCAAAUCCAUGCACUGUACAAGUGGAUUGUAACAUUUGAUAUUCAUCAGUCUGUUGUACUUGUACCCAUAUUUUAAUCUUCAGAAGAAGCAGAAGAAGAAGAUGAAGAAGAAGAGCCUUCUAAAUUAGAACCCUUUCUUUAUUGAUUUUGUAAUAUUUUGAUGAGAUUUCUUAGUACUAAUAUAUAUAUACCCCAAUCUGAUUAUA